AUGACAGAUAAAAAUCAAAUAAAUAAAUCAGAAAACAAUAAUGUAUUUUGUAAUGAAGAUGAAUUUGAACAAUAUAAGAGUGAAUUACUAAAUAAACCAAAUAAGAGAUGUACUAAUUGUACAUGUGGUAAGUAUAAGAGUGAACCAGUAAAAGAAGAAAAGUUUGAAAGUAAGUGUGGUAAUUGUAAUUUAGGAGAUGCUUAUAGAUGUUCAUCAUGUCCAUAUCUUGGAUUACCAUCGUUUAAAGAAGGUGAUAACAUAGAAUUUGAUUUAGAUAAAUUUAAUGAUUUAUAA